AUGUCUGACAAGCCACCUGCAACACAGCCUCUUGUUACACCACAUGCAACCAGGCAGUGCACGAAGAGAAAUGCAUGCACUAGAUCCGGCAGAGGCAACAAUUCCCUGGAGGUUGGAUUUGGUUCCAGUGGAGAAAUCAACAAUCGCCUACGCAUGGAGUUGGCCAAACUGCAAACAGGUGGAAACCGCUAUGAUAAGAAGAAUGGAAACGACCACUGGCAAUAUGAGAACCUUGUUAAUGGUCCACCAACAAAGAAGGUGCGUGUAGACUCACCACAAGCAACCGAAUCACCAGUUUUGGAGGACAAAGUGCAAGGGGAAACCAUUGACUUAGCCAAUUCACCGCAAGUAGAGGAAGCCAAUGUUGAAGAUAGCAACCAAUCUUCACGUGUGUCAAAGGUACCUGAUCCAAGUCGCUACAUAGUGGAGGCAGAUCAGCUUCGGUCACUUAUAAGCAGUGCUGCUGUUUGUGCAAGAUGUGGAAAGAGGGGCAAACUUCAGUUAGACUUCAAAACUGUCUGUCUUGCUGCAAUAAUGAGACUUACAUGUCAGAAGUGUGGUGCCCAAACAACGGUGGAGCCACAGAUGACUUCAUUUGGCGAAGAAUCCCGAAAGAAUGACAAGAGGACUUAUAGGAACAGAGACUAUUCCACCAACGUUUGCUUUGUUACAGCCUUCACUGCGUGUGGAGAUGGUCCAGCUGAGGCAGAACGGCUUUGUACUCUCCUUGGAUUGUCCAACGCCACCACCAUGGCCAAGCAAUCUUACAACAAGAUUGAGGCUUGGGUUUGGCCUUCAGUACAAGAAAUAGUAGAAGACGCAAUGCGUGAGACACUCGAUGAGAUUAUGCCAUAG